UCCAUCAACCAUUCUGGAAUGAAACUCCUAAAUUUAUUCAUCACAAGAACAUCUUAGCAACAGCUAGCAAAAUAGCUGACCUUUACUGUUAGCAAGCUAGCUACAUAAACUUACAUGGAGCACCUUUACCAUCAUUUCCAUAUUCAGUCCUUCAAGAUGAGAUAUGCAAUAAUCGCGUGUUGUUUUUCUUUUAGCUUGUUAUAGGACAUUGUUCACAUUAUUUACUUUAACGUGACAUGACAAACAAUAUUUUAAUAUCCCAACGUAAAGCUUGAUGCUAAGUGCUUCAGCAAGAAAAUCUUAACAAGCCAGCUAAUUAGUUUGCUAGCGUUAGGGAAGUCAACACCAGCAGCUAACCUCUUAGCUCGCUAGCAAGCUACCUUAGCAGACGGACUUCAAUACCCUGCUCUUCCCAGUGUAGUGUUAAUUUCCACAUGAUCACUUUCUUCACCAAGGCUUUUGGGGCAACUACUAAGAUGAUGUUUGAGGGACCUUCUCCCACAGCAAAGAGUUACAGGACAUCGUCUCACUUCUGCCCCAGAUGUAAAUGUUAGCUGGACAUGGUAGGAUGUUGCAGACCACUCAAGACUGCAUAAAACUACUUAACCCCAAAAAAUGUUCUGUAAAUGCAUAACCUGGGGGUUUGGACAAUUAAACAAAUAUACACUUGUGAAUAUGAAAUGCAACAUGUACAUUUUCUCAGACAGUCAGAUGGUUAGGGUUCUAUUCUGUUGAUUGUUCCUUCUGAGUCUUUGUGAGUGUUCAGGCAGAAGGUCUUCGUAAAGCUGCAGCUCUUGGAAACGAGAAGUUCUUGGUGCAGACUCAAAACCAAAGACAAGAAACCACGACCUGCACAUGGAGGGAAAAUACAUACGAAACACAUUGUUUAAGGCCAUGACUGCACCCUCUGAGCUCCAGCUGAGCUUCUGGAUGGACAAAGCAGUGAAGUGGGGCCAGGCGACCACUCCCUCUGCUCAGCAGGACAUGAGCAAACACCUGGGCUCUCUGAGAAGCUUCCUUCAGCAGCUCCUCCACACACUACAACUAACGAGCUCUGCCACUGAGGCCGUGAAGAGCCUUCCCUUUGUGGGCCAGUUCCUGGGCAGACUUUGUUGGAACCCAUAUGUUACUGCGGAUGGAGAGAGCUGCAGCCUACUGCUGCAGUGUGUGUGUUGUCUGUACAGCGCGGAGCCUCGGAACGCGCUGGAGCAAAGGGCUAAUGACUGGAUACGGAAUUUGCUGUGCCACCUAACAUCAGCGGAGGAGGGUGGCGUGAUCUAUGCCCUGGAACGCUUUGCAGGCAUCGCUCCUCAUCACUGCUCUUCACAGGCUCUUCAGAAGAUGGUGGCGUUAUUGACAGAGGAGGUCAGUGUGAGUUGCAGCCCUGCAGUACAUUCUUUAGACAGGUGCUUAUGUGACAGUAUCCAUGCAGUGUCCGUGGCGUGUGUCCCCUUGAUCACAUGUCCAGAAGCAGCCCCUCUCAUUGGUGCUCUGCUUAAGCGCCGCAUUUCAUGUGGCUGUUCUCAUCUCAGCGAGGAGUUCAUAGAAGCUGUCAGCACAGCCUUACUCAGUAAGACGCUGGUUCUGGAGGACAUGGCUGUGAUUGCCCUGUGGUGUCAUAGCCUGUCCAGCCUUGAGGGGGCAGUGCUGAGUCUGUUGGAAUCGGUUCUCUCUGACCCAGGGGCCGUGUUGCAGAGGCUGGAGGAAGUUGUCAGCAGUUCUUUCCUGCCCAAAGCAUCUGCCCAGCAUUGCUGCAUCUUUCUCAUAGUGAAUGAUGUUUUCAGAAAUGUGCUAAUGGCGAUGGAGGAGAAUGUGGCUGUUGGAGCUCUCAUACAGGUUUUCACCAGCUGUUUCCUUCGGAGUCACUCUGCCCAGAAGCAACAGGAAAGACUUCCACUGAGAGCUUUUUUCCCUCACGUACCCCAGAACCUCCUCACACCUUUAUUGACAGAGCCAUCAGAGGUGCCCAGGCAGGCAUGGCUGGAGCAUGUUUCCUGGAUUGGGAGGUUACUUCACAGCAUGUCACGGGAGGCAGACCAGGUCGAGGAGAAGGGCGACAGCCCCAGGCAGCGCAGGGCUUUGUUCGAGGCCUGGUUCUUGCUGGCGCAGCGUGGACACUGGGUCGACGUAGCUGCCGAGCUUCUGGUCUCCGUAGAUGCCGAGCAGUCGGAGCCUCUGCUCUGUCUCUUGACGUUCUACCACCACCCCACCGACAGAGGGCACCAGAGUUCUCAGCAGAUUAUGGCGGCGAGGGAGGCAUGGGGUCGUAUGAGGAUCCUCUUCCUCGCCCACACUCUUCCUCCAGAGCGUCUGUCCUCCAUGAACAAGCUGCUGUCUUCCGCCACGUCGGCCAACCUUCUUCUCCGCCUUCUGCUCAGCUUCGCCAUCUUUUGUCCGGCAUUUACAAGCACUGCCGUCAAAGUCCUCCAGAAGGUGCUGACACAGGCCGAGCUCAAGCGCAGGGCCGAGUGGCUCCUGGCCUCCGCAUGGCACAGGCUAAGCAGGGGUGGUGCACUGGACGCCGCACUUCAGGACAGGCUGAGGGCACUUCAGGACAGCCUCCUCCCAGAGCACAUCUCGCGCUGCACGUAAACACGGGAGCACUCGCCUGUUUAUGAGGACGAGCUUUCCUGGCUGGUCCUGCCUCGCUCGCAAAGACACGACUCUUGGAAAUGACAAUUACAGGCUGAGCCCAGCUGCUGGUUUUAUUUAGUGAGUAGAGAAUAUGUGAUGUAACAGACAAGUUGUGUGUGUGUGUGUGUGUGUGUGUGUGUGUGUGUGCGUGCGCGCAUAUACGUAUGUAUAUACAUUUUGGUUCAGAAAUGUAUUAUCACAAAUAUACAUUGUGGAAGGCCAUUCCCAUGGCUCCUCCCAUUACUACACAAUACUGGUGCUCAACACAAGCACUAUACUAACCCUGAAGUCUAGGUUUAAUAUAUCCCACAGGCUAGCUGCUGUUCACCGAGCAAACUGAAAGUGUGAUGCACCUGGACGUCCUGUCACGUAGGCGAUAUAAAUACAUUGUUUUUAUGGUAGAGUUAGAAUUCAUGUAGGUGACAGACCAUCUGUCCAGUUUUCCUUCCAUAUGGUAGUUCACAUACCUGUGGUGUGAUGUUCCCGGAGCAUGCUGCCAAGUUUCAUGUCUGCAUUAACCAAUAUGUAUCGUUACAUUUGUUCCUGGACAAUUGGAGUUCUACUAAAAAUAUUUAAAUGCUAGAUGUGAUGUUGACACGAGCGUGCACUAAUAUCAGUUUAUUUCCAUCUUUAUAAACCCCCCUCACUGUUCAUGGUGUGCUGGUGAUUGGGACAAAGCUGUUCAGAUCCCGUGCUGGUAAACAGAAUUAAAGUCUUCUAUUCGCAGGAGUCUAAUGAUGACUUCAGUCUAUUAGCAACCAGUUAAGACAAAUGUGCAGUAGGUGUGUUGCACAUUUUCCAAAUGACUGUCACACUCUGCGUACUUCUGCUUUAAAAAAAAAAAAAAAAAAAGGCAACGAGAUUUUCUGCAUCCAUACUGUAAUCUGGCCGUGCUUUAAUCUGGAGACUGCAUCCAUACUGUAAUCUGGCCGCGCUUUAAUCUGGAGACUGCAAGUAUUUAGGCCCUAGUGGCCUCCCAGCUGCUCUGUCUCCCAGCAUGGCCUCUUCCUCUAUGUUCUCUCUGGCUUCCGGCCUUUCUGCACCCUGAUCUGAAGUGUGGCUCGAGGGUGUGGUAGAGCGCCACACUACAGCUAAGGCCUGUUAUACCUCUGUUUAAUGACCCAUAUGAAUACUACAUUUUAGUUCCCAAAUCCAUAAAAUCCUUUAAAACAAGUUACAUGUUGCAUGACAAUAUCUUCACAACUUUAUCUUAUGUUUUGAAUAAUGUUGGUGAAAUAUCCCAGCACCCUCGUGACGGUUUUUUUUUUUUUUUUUUUCUUCUUUCCAACCAGUAACUAGUAACAGAUACUGACCUCUGACCUCUCAUUGUACCUUAAGUAGGACUGCAGGAAAAACGUGUGGGGCCGAGCUAACAUGUUUUGCACUGAAACGCGAGUCACCCAGCCUUGCUUGUAACCCACCCUUUCCACAUAUCUGCUUCAGAGACGGGGAGU